CGCAGAGCAGCGCCGCGGAGCGCACAGUAGCACGCACCCGCUCCAAACCGGACCGAACACCUGUUCCUGACAGAAAGCCUCUUCUCCUCUUCUCCUUCUGCCAUUAAUUUCAGAUACACCUGAUUGCACCGGCAGCUCCACACCCACACAGCCCGCCCUCCAUCUGGUGGGACCAUGUGGGUUCUGGAUAAGAUCCGUGGUUCUGUGGAAACUGGUGUGCUGCGACAGGGGGAGAACACAGACAAAGGUGCCACCCAACCCUACAGCAACGUCCUCACUCCUGACAAGAUUCCAGACUUUUUCAUUCCUCCAAAACUGGUCAGCUGCUCCCCAGAGCCUGAGGUUCCUCAGGUAAAGCCCAAAGAGGGGUUACAAGUUUCUGCUUCAGAGCAAGCCAUUGGCAGUGGGAGGAAGAUCAGCAGUCCACGAAGUCCACGUCUGGUAAGCAAACUUGCAGGAGACACCAAGAACUUGCUGAGAGCCGCAAACCGCCACAUCAUUCAGAUAGAGAGUGCAGAUGAUGUUGUGAUUGGCGACACAAAUGCAGACCCCCAGUCUCAGACGGCCAUGUCCUUGCCUUACGUACCCAAGACCCAAACAUCAUACGGCUUUACAACUCUGAAGGAGAGUCCUCACACUCGCCGUAAAGAGUCGCUGUUCCACUGUGACGUCAUUAGUCCCAUAACCUCCCCAAACAGCCAGAGGAAGACUCAGGAGAAAGGCGGAGCCAGUGAAGGGGUUACCCAUCUGAAUCCAGCCAACUGCAACACAUCCCACAUGAACCCUUAUCGCUAUUUCAGUGGUGGGGAAAGUGAUACCUGCUCUUCAGCUGAAUCUUCUCCAUUUAGCUCGCCUCUGCUCUCCCGCUCUGCCUCCCUGCUCAAGCUCUUCACUCAUGAGACACAAGCCAAGGUGGAGAAAGCCAAGCGGACAUUUGCACGCCACAGCUCCCUCUCGACUGAUGAGUGCAGCUCGGCUGAGCCCAGCCCCAACAUUCCGCGACGGCUCCACGUCCCCUCCUUCCACGGUGGUGCCGGAGCAUCGGACCACAUGCUUCACCGGGAGCACACCAUCAACCUGCACAAAGGAGGAACGAUCAGGAUCAGCGCCAGCUACGACUCCGGAACUUCCCGCCUGCUCAUCCGUGUCCUGGCAGUGGAGAGUCUGUACGACAAACACUUCGAUAUCAAAAGCAUCAACUGCUGUGUGUCGGUGUACCUGAACCCGGGCAAGCAGCAGAAGCAGAGGAGCAACAUCAUCAAGAACAGCCGCAAACCAGAGUUCAACGAGGACUUCUUCUUUGACUCUAUCAGCGCAGCUCAGGUGAAGAAACUGUCUGUGAAGUUCAAGGUGGUUAACAAAGGCACCAGUCUGAAGCGGGACACACUGUUAGGUGAGCGGGAGGUGCUUCUCACGAAGCUCCUUCCAAGGCUUUAAACCGCACGUUCUGCAAGUCACCACAGGCAAAAACGUCAAAGGAUGCUGACUCAACCUUCAGUUAGGCUCAGAUUUAUAUACGGUUUGCUCUUCAUCAUUUUUAUUCAGUCACAAAAAUAAGAAGUGAGGGAGAAAAUGACCCAUGAGAGAUUUGGCUGAA